UAACACCGGUGGAGUACAAAGUAGUUCGUUUUGCAUCUUCUGUCAACGCGAAAGUAGAUAUUGUUACGACGCUAAUCGCAGUAUUUUUUAUAUUUUUUUGUCGUGGCAUCUAAUCGUCACUAAAAAUUAUAAUUUCUAUUACAAUUUUUGUGUGCUCCAAUCGUCACAAAACGCGUCGACUGUUAGGUAUUUAUGACACAUUCCUGCGUGCGCUUAUAGCCACGAAAGAGUGUAGGACGUAGGUGCUAUGUGCUACUUUUAAUUACUUUAAGCAGUACACCGGCAACCUGUAUCAAAUACAGCAGUUUUAAUUUGUAUAAGGCACGACGAUCUUUCAUUAUACCUCCAACGUUUAUUAUCAUCAUGACGACGACGCCAGAUGAGGUCGAUAAUACAAUUGAUCCAACCCCUGGUCCCAGCACUGAUGAUCCUCUCAUGGAGUUUAUUUCUUUCGAAUCCAAACAGUCAAUGGAGCCAAGAUUCGAAGAAGCCUAUCUGUUUAUCAUAUUAUGUCCACCAGAUGGUGGUCCUUGGGCUCUACUCACGUGCAUACUAGGAUUUCUGGCCUUGCUGAUUUGCGAUGGCGUUUGUUUAUCAUUCUUUCUGCUUGACGGUCGUCUUGGCAUGGUCGAAAACUUGCCACCCGGAACACGCACCUUUGAACACUUGGCCGUAAUCUAUCUAUUCCGCUACUUGACCGAACCGAUUUCGUGCGCGUACAUCAACCGCUAUGGCUUUAGAUACUGUUUAUUUUUUGGCAGUAUACUGUCAGUAACAUGGCUCGCGUUGUUAUGUUCUAUCGAAAAUACAUUUACUAAUGGACAUUACUUUUUGGCCGUCAUUGGUGGUAUUGGAAUGGGGAUAAUUAAAACAUCAUUCUACGUUUUGUUGUCCACGCUGUACGUCGUAAAACGCCAUAUGGCGCAUUUAUCUCUUCAUUUAGGAAGCUUCACUGGCAUGCUGAUAAUCCCGCCUCUUACUGAAUUCCAAUUACUGCAAGCGGCAGACUUGAAAACAGAAAACUUGAAAACGGCAUUGUAUCUCAAUUUAGGUAUAAUGUGUUUUACAUUGGUAUUCUGGUUGCUUGUUUCUACACCGGUGACGUUAAAAUUGGACAUAGACGAUGAUGAAACUAUUAUUGAUUCUAUCUCUCCUCCACGAUCCAAAAUCCAGACUAUGGCCUGGAUCAUAGAAAACUUUCAGUAUAGUUGUAAAACUUUAACUAUACAGGACACGAUCGGAGAUCGAAAAUUAUUUACGAACAUGUUUCUUGCGAAAUUGCCGGUAAUCGUGAAUGAGCAGCCAAUAGAGAGUAUCAAACGGAAUCGAAAAUAUUCGAAUUGGAUCUAUGAAGAACGUUUAAACCGAAGGUUGUGCAUCCGAAAUGUCACAAACAUGUUCAAAAACCCUUUAAUCGGCAGUCGGCCGAUGUAUAGAGAUGACAUUCUCUACGACGGAAACAUCUCUUUGCUGUUGAGUGAUAAAAAGUGUACAACAAAAUAUAUCAUCGAAUACAAUGAAUACCUGAUGACGAUGACUCGUAUUUGUUCCAUAGCUGACGUGAACGAAGAGAAGAGCAAUAAGUUCGGUUGGAAAUGUCCGAUAGCCAUAAGUAGAGUUUUGAAGUGUAUGUUUAACAUGUCGAUUUGGUUCAAUGAACAAUUCCUUUUAAUGGUAAUCAGCGAGGCUCUAAUUCACGCUGCCUGUUUGGUACCGUUUAUGUUCAUUAAAGGUCCUGUGGGUCAGAAGACCUCCGCAGAAGCAGUGAUUACCCUGAUGGCAGGCUGUUUUGGUUUAUUGUAUGGUCGGGGACUCGGUCAUGUGGUGCACGGAAGAUCACCACACCCUGUACCUCUGUAUCAUGUUGGCCUAGCUUUGGUAGCUAAUGGACUAUCGUUGCUCCUAUGCGCCACGACCACCAAUGAUAUUUCUAAUCUGUUGCCGUAUUUUGGAGUUUUUGGAAUUACUUUCGGAUAUUACAAGUCGAUCCAAAAUGCAGUUUUGUAUACUGCUUUUCCAAUAAAGAGUUUUAACAAUGUAUGUGGUCAGAUUUCGUUGGUACGAGGUGUAUCAUCGUUUGUUGGGAUUCUUAUUGCUGUACGCAUGAUGCAGCCAGGAAACGACGGUCGGCCGGUCACCAGCUGUGAGGGCGUGUACGUUUACGCGGGCAUACUUAUGAUGAUUGGGAGCGUUUGCGUGACCGUGUUGCAACAAUCGGCCACCGCCAUCAAGCCACGAUCGGUAUACUGCAAAGUCUCGGCUCCGCGUUAUUGAAGGGCACAAUCGGCGUAAUUAUACAUAGAACCAAAAAAAAAAAAUCAAAAAAAAGAAAUUGCAACUUUAGCGAAACGUUACCUUUCAUGUAUACGUAUAUAAUAUAUAUAUAUAAUGUAUAUACAUAAAAAAUAACUUAACCUUAUAGCAGUACCGCAGGCUUGUAUUAUGAUUAUUGUUUUACAGUCCCAAAUGUUGUAAUAAUACCU